GCACUCUUUCUCUAUCUACCCUAACCUUUUCUACGUUAUAAAACCCCAUAGCCCUGUUUGUCUCUUUUAUUUAUUUUCUUCUCAAAUCUUCAUCAACUUCUUCAAGUCUCUCUAUUACAAUCCGACAUCAUGUCUUGCUUUAAGGGCAAAUACGCCGAGGAGCUUGCUACAAAUGCUGCCUACAUUGGCACCCCUGGAAAGGGUAUUCUUGCUGCUGAUGAGUCAACUGGCACCAUUGGCAAGCGUCUAUCCAGCAUCAAUGUCGAGAACAAUGAAACCAACAGGCGCGAUCUCCGCGAGCUUCUUUUCUGCACGCCUGGUGCCCUUCAGUACCUCAGUGGAGUCAUUCUCUUUGAGGAGACCCUCUAUCAGAAGACUGCUGACGGCAAGCCCUUCGUUGAUGUCUUGAAGGAAGGUGGAGUCCUCCCUGGUAUCAAGGUUGAUAAGGGUACUGUUGAACUUGCUGGAACGAAUGGUGAAACCACCACCCAGGGUUUUGAUGAUCUUGGUAAGCGGUGUGCUAAAUACUACGAAGCUGGUGCUCGCUUUGCUAAAUGGCGUGCUGUUCUGAAGAUUGGUCCAAAUGAGCCAUCUGAAUUAGCCAUCCAUGAGAAUGCCUACGGUUUGGCUAGAUAUGCAAGCAUCUGCCAGGAGAAUGGUCUUGUCCCCAUUGUUGAGCCUGAAAUCCUUGUUGAUGGUUCCCAUGAUAUUGACAAGUGUGCUGCUGUGACUGAACGUGUUCUUGCUGCAUGUUACAAGGCUUUGAAUGACCACCAUGUUAUGCUUGAAGGUACCCUCUUGAAGCCCAACAUGGUUACCCCUGGAUCUGAUGCUCCCAAGGUUGCACCAGAGGUGAUUGCUGAGUACACUGUGCGUGCCUUGCAGCGCACUGUGCCUGCUGCAGUUCCUGCAAUUGUAUUCUUGUCUGGUGGGCAGAGUGAGGAGGAAGCUACCCUCAACCUGAAUGCAAUGAACAAACUCAAGGGAAAGAAACCAUGGUCACUUUCAUUCUCUUUUGGACGUGCACUUCAGCAGAGUACUCUCAAGGCAUGGGGAGGAAAGAAGGAGAAUGUGCAGAAGGCGCAGGCUGCAUUCCUCACAAGGGCCAAGGCCAACUCAGAGGCCACCCUUGGCUCUUACAAGGGCGAUGCUAAGCUCGGUGAGGGUGCUGCUGAGUCUCUCCAUGUCAAGGACUACAAAUACUAAACUAAAUGAAGAUGUUUGAGACUUCUGGUCAUGUGUUAUAUGAAUUAUGAGUGAAUGGCGGUAUAACCUUAGCUUUGUCCCAUUCUCAGGCAUAGUUUUAGGGGCAUCUUUUGUUUUUUUCCCUUUAUAUUAUUAGGUUGGAGUAAUAAAAGCUUGACCGUGGAGCUUUGGUUUGAGUUGUUUUCUCAACUGAGUUAUAAAUUAUUUAUGUUAUUGUUAAUUUUGGGC